AUCCAUCCAUCCAUCCAUCCAUCCGACUGCAGUAUGACUCCGUUCCGUCAGCUCCAUUAUAGAUCCCAUCUGUUACAUGGACUUUUUUUUGUCUACGUACACGUGUAGGAGGGCAUGCGCGUGGGGGAUGCAGGGGGGCCGAGGGAGCAGGAGGGUGUACGGCGACCAAUCAGACGGCAGCUCCGCUCCUGGUCUAUAAAACCAGUAGCGCCGCUGUAAGCUGCAGCAUUCACUGAGAGCUGCUGCUGUGUCGCUGCUGGAACGAGGAAUAACUCCACUCUAACCGCAACACCAGACAACGUCUCUCUUCCCUGAUUAUUCAACUAGAACUGAACGACGACGAAAAAAAAAAAAUGCGUCUGAUCCAGAACAUGACGACCAUCGCGGAAUAUCCAACAUCUGAAUAUUCGGUGUCCAACCGAGCCAUUAAGAUAGCAGUAAUAGGAGGCAGCGGCGUUGGCAAAACAGCUCUGGUGGUGAGAUUCCUGACCAGGCGCUUCAUCGGGGACUAUGAGAGAAACUCCGGUAAUCUGUACUCAAGAGAAGUUCAGGUGGACGGAGAACAAGUGAGCAUCCAGGUGCAGGACACUCCUGGGGCAGAGUUGACAGAUAAUGGCAUCAGUCUACCUGACCAUGUCAGCUGCUCCAUCCAGUGGGCAGACGCGGUGGUGCUGGUGUAUUCAGUGACAGACCGGAGAAGCUUUGACCAGAUUGCACAGCUGCACCAGCUGGUCACUCGUGCGGCCGGUGCCAACGUGCCCCCCGUGAUCCUGCUGGCCAACAAGGCCGACCUGGUGCACCUGAGGAGAAUAGACUCACAGGAGGGCCCUCUGCUGGCCACUACUCUGGGCUGCUCUUUCUAUGAAGUGUCAGCCAGCGAGGACUACAGCCAGGUCCACGGUGCCUUCCACAGGUUGUGCGGCCAGUUGGCAAAACAGCCACCACCUACCACCAGCCCUUCAAACAGUGCCGCCAGCACCACGACGGAGAAGAAGCGCUCGCCCCUCAUCCCCCGUCCCAAGUCCCCCAAUAUGCAGGACCUAAAGAGGCGUUUUAAGCAAGUGUUGUCUGCGAAAGUCAGGACUGUGACGUCAGUGUGAGCAU